UUCAGUUUCCCCACGGAGUGGAGGACGGUCCGGAUCAAAGUGUCACUACUUUGUCUUUUCACCUGCUCUGCAUGGGAGGAUUUUUUUAAAAAUUUUAUUUCAUUUAAUUUUUUUUACUUUUUCAGAUGUUGGGAUAUAAUUUAAGCGCAUUGAUGGACAAAUCCAACUUUCUCCGAACCUUCAUUAAAUUCCACUAAUUGCUUAGAGCAGCGACUCUUUUCGCUGUUGUGCUUUUAGAAAGUUUGUCCUCCUCAUGCGCAACUCAGUCAGCGCGCCUCGGCUGCUCAGUCAGAGCAGGCGGCACAGCAGCGGAGCGAAGUGGGAACAGUCAGUCAGCGCUGAUUCAUGACUUAGGCUACUUGUUCUGAGGGCUUUGCAGGAAACACACAAAAAAAAAAACCUCCGACGGAUUCACAAGGCGGUGGUUUUAUUCCAGAAUCUGGAUUGUCCCUGUCGGAUCUAACACAAUGCGUCGUCAUUUCAACACACCUGAGCUGCAACCAGACGGAAAGUGGAUCGAUCUGACAAGUUCUUCUCACAGUUUAUUUUAAUUCCAGCAACAGUUGAUUAGAUCCUGAAAAACAUCCAAAAAGCGCAAUGAUUUUAACUUUUGUCUUUAUUUUAUCCAUUUGGGAUUCGGUGGUCACCUUGAAAGGUGACGGCGGCGCAGCCUCCCGCGCAGCCCGUCUGGACUGUGUGAAGGCCAGCGAGCAUUGUCUGAGGGAGUACUCCUGCAGCACCAAGUACCGGGUGAUGAGGCAGUGCGUGGCGGGGAGGGAGAGCAACUUCAGCGCGGUCACCGGUCCCGAGGCGCAGGGCGAGUGCCGCAGCGCCAUAGAUGCCAUGAAGCAGAGCUCCCUGUACAACUGCAGGUGCAGGAGAGGCAUGAAGAAGGAGAAGAACUGCCUCAGGAUUUUUUGGAGCAUAUUUCAGAGUUUACAAGGUAACGAUUUACUGGAAUACUCUCCAUAUGAACCAGUCAAUAGCCGGCUCUCAGACAUCUUCCGCUUGGCUCCCAUCAUAGCUGCUGAGCCUGCAUCCACAAAGGAGAACAACUGUCUGAGUGCUGCCAAAGCCUGUAACCUGAACGACACCUGCAAGAAAUACCGCUCUGCUUACAUCAACCCCUGCACUAGCAGGGUGUCUGCUUCUGAGGUCUGCAACAAGCGCAAGUGCCACAAGGCCCUACGACAGUUCUUUGACAAGGUUCCGCCUAAGCACAGCUACGGGAUGCUGUUUUGCUCCUGUCCAGCGGGAGAUCAGAUGGCUUGUGCAGAACGCAGAAGACAAACCAUCGUACCGAUUUGCUCCUAUGAGGAUAAAGACAAGCCCAACUGUCUUUCUCUGCAGAACACAUGCAAGACUAACUACAUCUGCAGAUCAAGGCUGGCGGACUUUCUCAGCAACUGUCAGCCCGAAGCUGGUUCCAUAUCUGGCUGUCUUCUAGAGAACUACGCCAACUGCCUGCUCUCCUAUUCAGGUCUUAUUGGUACAGUGAUGACUCCCAAUUAUGUGCGGUCUUCUGGCAUUAGCCUGUCACCAUGGUGUGACUGCAGCAGCAGCGGGAACAGCAAGCCAGACUGUGAUAAAUUCGCUGAGUUUUUCACCAACAAUCGAUGUCUCCGUAAUGCCAUAAAGGCAUUUGGUAACGGUACUGAUGUUGGAGUAUGGCAACCGCAACCCCCCAUUCAACCCACUGUGGAGCCAAGCAUCACUCGUAGGGGUAAAGCUUGGACGAACAGCGUUGUGGACGUCCUGACAGACGUCAACCAACUGGGCGCCAAUAGUGACUCGUUUCACAUUUGUGGACCCUUGCAGGUCCAAAAUCUGGUCUCAAAUCAAACAGCAAAAGCAGCUUUUUGUCCGAACCACCAGCUGGAUGAAUCUGGCACUUUGAAUGCCAUCGCUGGACGUUCACCAUCUGAACUGAACUCCUUGCAUCUCUCAACUUUAGUCCUCUCAGUGGCCUCAACAGCAUUACAGCUCAAAGGUUUCCUGUUUCUGUAGGAGCCAAGGACUGGAGGUCAACCUUUCUGGACUUAAGACGCAAUCAAAGUCAUAUUAAUUCAGACACUCACCGAACUGGAACCUCUAGGUUUUUCUGAAAUCAUAGCCACUCGUGGGUCAGAUUUGUGGACGCCUGUCACUGAGAUGUCAGCUCAUUUGCCUUCCAAAGCCCUGUGGAAGUCAUUUGCAAAGACUCUGCAUAUUUGACUGAGUGGAGUGCAGGUGGAAACUGCUUCGAGCAUGAAAUCAUGUAUUCUCUGCUUGAUUUGUUGCAGUUGAGGGAAAAGCUAAACAUGUGGGAAGCAAAAGGGAAAACCAUGGACAUACAACACAUUUCAUAGAUGCAUUGGAUUAUGAUCAAUGAGGUCAUUCAAACGUCCAUUUUGUCUGAAAAAUCUAACUACGACAAAGACAAAUCUGCCCAAAAAGUCCGCAACAACGUUCUCUAAUACAUGUUUGGCGUUAUUUAUAGAGCAGCUCUGUAGAUCUGGUCGUCAAGGUGGUUUGUGGCUUUUAUCAUGUACACCUCACUUUGUGCAUAGAAAUAUACAGGUGCAAACUCUGUUCCAGUAUGCUGCUGUUAGCUUGUAAAGAAUAUUGUCUGUAACAUUUUGAGAGUGUAAAUUAGUACAGGUGACUGAGCUUUAUCCAGCCUAAUUGUGAUUUAUGAAAUGUGAUGAGAUGUGCUUCUUUUCUCAUGUGGUUACAGAUUUGACUUUAUGUGAAUAUAUUUUGAUGGAAAAGUGCAUCAUUUCUCUUAGGUAUCAAAGUAUUUGUAAACACAAUCCAUAGAAUUUACAAAGAAAUAAAAAAAAAAAAAAGGCACUGGUCUCAUCCAGAAAUUCGAGGACCACACACUUCUAUUUUUUCCACGUUAUUAUUUCUUUGCAAAGCGCAAAGGGAGCAAGGGUUUGAUGAAUAAACAAUGUGUAAAUACCCACGAGCAGAGUUAAUGUCAAAAGACAAAAGCCAGCAGACAUUAAUUGCCUGCAAUUAGAGCUGGUCUGAAGGGACGGAAAGAUAAAAACACGUAGUUAGUUUGUACUAAAUGGAUCGAGUUAACAGACUUUCAACGAAUGUACGACACAAUAAAGGCUCAUUUCUAAACAU